AUGUACAAGCAAGCAACACAGAAGACGGGCGAGGUGCUGUCACUGCCUCCGAGAUGGCUGGGCAUGUACUCGGACUUCAUCACCAAAAACAGCAGCGCUGUGACGCAGAUUGAGUCUGCGCUGCGUUCGCUGACAUAUAUCAUUCCGGGACGCUUCCGGGAAUCCGAAAUCGCAUCAGAGUCUCUUCACAGCGGCGUCCAGGUCCUUUCCCUAUACCACGACUCUCUCCUCUCCAAAGCCAUGGCGCAGAUGCCAGGGACGCGACGACACCCUGUCACCCCGCACCAUCGAUACACCAAGUUCUGGACACAACACUCGCCCACGUAUAAGCGAAUCGCGCUAGUACUCCAGAUGAUUCAAUACACCGAGUUGCUAUGGGAGAUGGCAGCCAAGAGGAAGGGCGAGAAGGUGCGAUGGCGGGUCGUAGUGUUGCUGGAGGUGGUAAAGGCAGUAUGCCGAUUGCUGCUGCUCCGUCUGACAAACUCCCGUCCUCUCCUAUCCCCCCCGCUCCCUCAGCGGGAAAUUGACCCCAGCUCGCUUGAGGAGUCGUCGGCGUCGGCGGAUGGCAUGGAUACACCACCAAGCGAGCGUUCGGUCGAGGCUGAGAACUGGGCAAUGCCCAGGACUGGUCUAUCGAUGCCUAGCUUGCCAGAUUCUUCGGACAUUUCGAGUUACCUCCUCUCAAAGGUACUUACAGCGGACGACAUCAAACCACCCAAGGCGCUUCUGCACCGAGUGAGUGGAAAGGGCGAGCUUGCCGAGGUACUUUACAUUCUGCGACCCGUUGCCUACGCCUUGGCUAUGCAGCACUUUAGCGGUGACAGGAAGAGCUGGCGGCCGUGGUUGAUUGGCGUGAGCAUCGAGUACGGUGCACGCCAACUAGCCAAGAAGGAUUUCCAGGAGCGCUUGGCUGGAGGACUCCGUGGUUUGACUGGCCUUGAGAAAGAAGAGCUACGUAAGCGGGGCUGGUCCAUGGGUUGGUGGGCUAUGCGCGGCGCAUUCUACGAGAACAUCACCAAGGCCUGGAUCCACUCGAUAACCUCCAAGCUCAAGGGCAAGCCUCUUCUUGACAUGGUUGGUGGUGUUAUCGAAGACUACGAGUUCCUCUGGGAUCAGUACUACUUCCCCACUGCUACUCUGUGA